AUGGCUGAGAAAUGCGAAUUGAAAGAGAAGCAAAAUGAGACUGAGAGUGUUUCCGUAAAUGAAAGCGUAUCGGAGACAAAGGUGGAAAAGAAGGUAGAAGAAGGAGAGAAAGGGAAAAUAGCAGGAUCAGCAAAGUCGCCAUUUCUAGUAAAAAAGAAGGAUGAGACUGCAUCAAAAGAACAAGACGAAGAGGACAUAAAUUAUUUCAAGAAGCAACAGGCUGAUCUGGUAAAGAAGGUGGAGAGUUCGUCUCUCUUUGUCAGGCGCGCUAAGCUCUACUUCCUGCUCCCUUCAACCGGGAAGCUUGAGACCAGGGGAUCAGGAAUGCUUAUGAUAAUGGGUACCAAAUCAGGACUACACAAAAUAAUGAUGGUGAGAGACAAUUUGAUGCUGAAAGGAGCAGAUCACUACAUUGCUCCAUCAGCGAAGCUGAUCAAGGCAGUAUCAGUUCCAAACUCGUAUGUUUGGGUUGCAGUAGAUGAUAAGAGUGAUGCAGAAGUGAACUAUAAGAGGACGACCUAUUUUGCAACAUUUGAGAAGGAAAAGGAUGCAGAGGAAUUCAGGGCGUUUUAUGAGGCAGGACAAGAGAACAAUAGGGCCGUAUUUGAUGAGAUCAAGACGAGAAUAAACAAGGAGUAG